GUAUAAAUAAAUGCAGCUUUCCCACAGCUACUGCAUACGAGCUCUGACGUGCUUUUAAGAUAUAAUGGCAGCAUGCUCUUAAUAGCAGGGAGGGGAUUAUUUAUCAGAGUGGCAAAGGAACUGAGAGGCAAGUCCUUCUGCAGUCCUACGAAGUGCACAGCUGUCAGACACACGGAGAAGAGAAAGGGUGUGUGAGAGGAAUCUGCCUCUGCUUCUGAUUGCGAGCUGCAGUGGUUGUGACAUGAUUCUUGGGAGCGCUGGAGUGUGAGUGAAGCUAUUGAAAAGUCGAACAGCUGGGACUGAAUACUGCUCUCCUUUCAAGUAAUUACAGAAGAGUGUUGCAGUUUCUGACUCAGAGGGAAGCUUCAUUCCAAGGCUUCUGGCCAUGCUGGAGUUCCAGCUCUUGCAGCUGUAUGAAGCGAGUUGUGGGGACUGCAUGGUUGCAGGCAGAGGGGACAACUGAUGAGAGAAUGGGCUCCGCGGGGAAGCCUAGCCCUGAUACCAUGACAGCUGACAAGUCAGAAGCUGGAGACUUAGCUCUGGAGCCCCUGCUCACUUGCAAGCUAUGUCUCUGUGAAUAUUCCCUGGAUAAGAUGACCACUCUUCAGGAAUGCCGCUGCAUCUUUUGUACAUCGUGCCUGAAACAGUACAUGCAGCUGGCCAUUCAAGAAGGUUGCGGUUCUCCCAUCACUUGUCCAGACAUGCUCUGUGUGAACCAUGGGACCCUACAAGAAGCCGAGAUUGCCUGUUUGGUACCAGUUGACCAGUUUCAGCUAUUCAAGAGGCUGAAAUUUGAACGUGAAGUCCAUUUGGACCCUCAGAGAACAUGGUGUCCUGCAGCAGACUGCCAAACGGUGUGCUGCAUUGGACCAAAUGAGUCAGGAGUGCCGGUGCCGGUGGAGUGCCCAGCCUGUCACAUGAUGUUCUGCUCCUCUUGUAAGGAGGCAUGGCACCCACAGCGCCUGUGCCCAGAAAACCAAGCUCUGGUAACAACGGAGCAGGGAUCACUUAUCGGAACAGAGACAGAAGCUCCAAUUAAGCAGUGCCCAGUUUGUCGGAUCUAUAUUGAGAGAAACGAGGGCUGUGCUCAGAUGAUGUGCAAGAACUGCAAGCACACAUUCUGCUGGUACUGCCUACAGAACUUGGAUAAUGACAUCUUCUUAAGGCAUUACGACAAAGGCCCUUGCAGAAACAAGCUAGGCCACUCGCGUGCUUCAGUGAUGUGGAACAGAACGCAGGUUGUAGGGAUCCUCGUUGGACUAGGUAUCAUAGCAUUGGUGACCUCUCCCUUGCUGCUUGUGGCAUCUCCAUGCAUCAUCUGCUGCAUUUGCAAAUCUUGCCGAAGCAAAAAGAAAAAGCACAGCCUACCUACAACCUAAAAGUCUGUGUCUGUUUAAGCUUGUAUCUGUACAGUAUACAUUUGUGAGAAAGCACAACGGUUGGAUUUUGGUGCCAUACCUAUCAAAUAGUGCUCCCCUUUUUUCCUUUUUUUUUUAAUUUUUUUGCCAAUUUUUGGGAUAAGUGCCUAUUCUCUACAGGCUACUCUAUCAAUAACAAGUCACGGAGUGGGAAAAGUCUAGAUAAUUGUACAGUACAUAUGGCAUAGGUUUUGCUUUCUAAAAGAAAAACGUAACACAGCUCAGUAGUUCGUACGCUCAAGUAUGAGCCACCUCUUGAGACUGCUAGAACUUUACCAUCUUCUGUCAGCCACACACGAGUCAAUUCUGCAGUAUUAAUCUGCUUUUGCAGGCCCAACUGUUACUGUCAUGCUUUCCGUUGGUUCUUGGUGAAAGUCAGCUCAUGCCAUUAGAGGUAACAAACUGUUAAAAAAAAUGUGUUUGACAGUUUUCUGUCAACUGGCAACCAUGGCAUUUCUUUCAGCACUGAAAUCAGUGGGUUUUAUAUUACUGAUUCCAAUGACAAUUAAAAACCAACAAAACUAUUUCGAAGACAGAGCUGUCUUUUAAGAGACUGGACUGGCUUGAGAAAGCUGUAUUUAUUUCAGAUCAGACAUGCCGUAUCUACUUUGAAAUAUUAGGAGUAUGUAUAUUCCCCUGCCAUUGGGCAUACUUUCAUCAGUAAUGUGUGUAUAAACUCACCAUGAAUCUAAUAAUUUAGGAAAGGCAGUGAUACAGCUCCUAUUCUGUGCAGUACUGGGAUAUUGGUUGUGUGUGUAUGCAGCGACUCGUGUCUGUGGACGUACCCAGUGCAUAAUGCACGAUUUAUUUUCUAGGUAGUCAGUAUAUUUUUUCAACAGCUUACAUGGGAUAGCAGCAAGAACCCUGCAACGUUACUCAGAUCAGGAUAAGCAAAACCUUCUGGACCUGCUGAUGUAAAUACUUGAGAAAUGCUGUGUAACUAUCAAUCCACAGCUGGAUAUUUCUUCUGUCCUGCUCAAGGUUAACAAACUGUUACAUAUCAUUUUUAGUUAUUCUGGAUCUGUCAUUUAAUACAGCCUUCGUUUUCAUUUGGUGCCUCACUGUCAAACGGAUUCAGACCCUGCUAUCAGUUACACCUAUAUAAAUUCACUGAAACCUCCCUGAAGAGCUGAAGUUACUUUAGGCUCACUCAGGAGUAGCUGAGAUCAGACUCUUCUCCCCCGAGUUUAUUUCCUUAAUGGCUGGUGCUCCUCAUAACCUUGGCCAGCGGCGGCUUUUGUUCUGGGCUCCCAGUGCAUUAUAUAUCUGUGGGAACUGAUACGAGUUUGCACUAUGUAAUCAGUUGUAAUUCCAAACCCCUUGUGAUAAGGGCUGCAAUAUGUAAAUGAGAUGCUCGGCCUGGGCAUUGUCUCAGGCUUUUCCUCCUCUUGUCUACCCUCCUGCAUGCACACGGUGCAAGGCACCAGAAGAAUGUUGCGAAGAGCAUCUCUUCUGUUGCAUUUGGCUGAACCUCAGGAACUUUGCCUUCUUGGCAGUCGUAAAUGUGACCUUUCUUUGUUUAACGUCGCCCUCUGGUUCCUGUAACAGAAGCGGUAGAUGUUCUUAUUUUAAGAAAGUGCAGUCUGUUGAGCAGACUAGCAUGGACAAAGGCCUUAAAUGAUACUGUCUGUUUUACUUUUGCAUUGAUUUAUUUUGUAAAUGCUAUCUGAUUUUGUUACCAGUGGCGGUGCUCACCAGUUGGAAAGGCUGCAUUUAUUCUCCAUCCGUAGCCUCUAAAGGAAGCAGAAAAAUAGUCAGUACAUUUUAAAUGUAAAGUGCAAUGCAGGCAACUACGAUUUAUAAUAAGUGGAGAAUGUUUUCUGUAUGUGUCUUUUUUUUUUUUUUUUCUUAAAGAAUAGUAAUGGUUGUGCUUGGGGGCAGUUAUGGCAUAUUAGUCUCCAGCCCUUGGCUUUGCACUAUUUUUCUACCGAUAUUUUUAUGGCACUACUGUCAUUUUCAGCUUAUUUAUGAACUUGCAGUUAAGAGUCUUAAUAUAAGAAAGCCUGAAGAACAAAGGUAUAAGAGCUGUGCAGUCUCACUGACCAUAGCCAGCAUUGUGACGUACUGAUAACCUUUGCAUGUUGAACUUUGUUGUUUUUUCAUGUUUUGUGAUCAUAUUUCUGCUAGCCAGUUUCUUUGCUUUGCCUGCUUCCCCUUUCCCUUCCAGGUGCUCAAUGGAAUGAAUGUUUCUCCUCAUUUUUCAUUAAUACUGCCAUGUUAAUGAAAUUGCCAAGUUCUUCCCUCUGUUAAAGGAAUGCAACUGAAGGCAGUAUCUUGCCAGGAAAACACAAUUAGACAUAAGUUGGCUGUUUACCGUUCCACCUCUUUUAGCUCUUUAAAAACUGUCUGAAGGUAAUGCAGCUCUGUCCAUAGAAUGGAAAUUUGUUUUAAUGAUUUAUAGGACAAUAUUUUGUAAAAGCAGCACACAGAUGCAUAGCUAUACAGUCUAGGAAAGCAAGACUUUUCUGUUUAUUUUUAUUAACUUCUCAAUCUGAGCGCAGGGUAACAUCUUUCAGGGACUCAUACUAAAGAGCAGAGGUAAAAUGUGCCUUUUCCACAUUCAUUUUUUAUUGCUUGUGCCAGUUUAUAUGUCUAGUGAGGUUACCAAAAGAAAUUCAGUAUCCAGGUGUUAGGGCAACCUAAGAGCCAGGAUACAAAUCCAGGCACCAAAGUAGCAGAUCGAUAGCAAUGGCCAGACUUCAGCAAAAAGCCACAAAAACUAGAUAAAGAAACACGAACUACAGGUGCACCUUCCUUUGGCUGUGUAGAUGGAACAAACUGACAAAGAACAAAGCUCUAGAAAUACUUCAGAGCUUGAGCUAGAAAUCUUAGGAGGAUUAUUUUACUUAAAAGGCUUUGCACAGUGCACUGCGUAUCCUCACUUUUCAUUGCAUAGGGAUUCCUGAGUAUGUGCGUUAAGUAGACAGUGACCUUGCUAGCUUAUAAGGACACGCUGACUCAGCUGUGCAGAAGUUCUGGGAGGAGUAGGGCCCUUUCCCUUGUUUUCCAGUAGACAAAUAUUUUGCACAAACUCAUCACACUUACAAGGUUUCCAAAGAACUAUGUUAGCAAGAGACUUUUUUACAGUGUUUGUUUCUUUCUUUCUUUCAAAAAACAAAAAUUAUAAGAGAAAUCAUAGCAUUGUAGAAUGGUUUUUGUUGGAGGGGACCUUAAAGAUCAUCUAGUUCCAACCCCUCUACCACAGGCAGGAUUAUCAGCCACCAGCUCAGGCUGCCGAGGACCCAUCCAACCUGGUCUUGAAUGCCUCGAGGGAUGGGGUACCCACAGCUUCUCUGGGCAGCCUAUGCCAGUGCCUCACCACCCUCUGAGUGAAGAAUUUAUUCCUAACAUCUAACCUAAAUCUCCCCUCUUUAAGUUAAAAGAUAGUCCUCUUUGUUUUAUUGCUGUCGAACCAUGUAAAAAAGUUGGUCCCGCUCCUGCUUGUAAGCUUCCUCCAAGUACUGGAAAGCUGCAGUGAUGUCUCCCUGGAGCCUUCUCUUCUCCAAGCUAAACAAGCAUAACUCUUUUAACCUUUCUUCAUAGGAGAGGUAGUAGUGUGGUCCCCUCAGAUCAUCUUCAUGGUCCUCCUCUGGGCUUGCUCCAACAGCUCCGUGUCUUUCUUGUGCUGGGAGCCUCAGGCCUGGACACAGUACUCCAGAUGGGGCCUCACAAGGGCCAAGUAGAGGCAGGGCAGUCACCUCCCUCUCCCUUCUUCCACCACUCUUUUGAUGCAGCCCAGGAUGCAGCUGGCCUUCCGAGCUGCAAGAGCACACUGCUGGCUCAUGUCCACCUUUGUGACGUUUCCCCUUUUCUGGUCACCAGGGACUUUGCGUGACAGCCACAAUUUUUCAGAUAUAUAUGGAGAUCGACUUGGCAACCACACCAGCCACUUCCUUCAGAACCCUGGGAUGCAUGUCAUCAGGCCCCAUUGAUUUGUACACAUUCCGUCUCAUGAGAUGGUCUCAGACUUGCUCUGCUCUUAAGUUGGGAGUGAUUUUGCUCCUUUGAUCCCCACUUAGAAUUUCCCGGACACAAGAGGUGUGAGGAGCCUGACUGGCUGUGAAGACUGAGGCAAAGGACGCGUUAAGUACCUCAGCCUUUUCUGUGUCUGAGGAGGCCAAAAAUAAAAUAAAAUAAAGAAAUGAUCAUCAUUUUAUAAGAAACUUCUUGCAAACAUGGCAAAUAGUAACUAAAAAUUUUGGAUAGAGGAGGAAGGACUCUAGCUCCUUUUGGCUCUGCUAAAUCAAUGUAAGUCCACCCUCUUGAACUCUUUCUAUGAGAUGUGGUGCAUGUUACUGCCAGCCUUCCAACUUGCUACCUUUACCAUCCAUCCUUCUUCCUUCUGGCUUAGAGCUGGUGUGUGGGUAGCACAUGGGGGAGAGAGCUCAGAGCUGGGUGCUGUGUAGGAGCUGGGAUCUAUGGCAUGUGUGCAGCCUGGCCUGGCUCCAUCACCUAAAGCAAAUGCUUCUCAUGCUAUAGCAUAAGCACUUCUCUGCACUGGUUGUUAUAUUAUCAUAGAGCGAUGGGAGAUGGUCAAUGCAGACAUUCAGUAGCUGAUUCUUUUUCAAUGGUGCAUGGGAUUACUUAAAUCUAAGAAGAACAUGAGGAGUUACAGUAACUGGUGUUUGUACAGUGUUUUUGUGAUGCUAAGUGCUAGGCACUGUUACCUGUCCAGUAACAUAGCACAGAGUCCAAAGAAAAGUUUAAAAUAUACAUAAUUUUUACUUGAGUAAACUAAGAGAAACUGGAUACUAUCCUCUUUAUUUGCUUGCAGAUAUGCAAGUGGACAGCAGUCAACUCCAUUUCCCCAAAUUAACAGCAAAAUAAACUUCUGGCUGCUCUGUUCCAUGGUACUGCAGCAGGCAGUUGUGUUGCAGUGCCUGCUGCUUUAAAGGUCUGAAAUCUGUUUUGCACUGUGUUUUCCUUUUCACAGUCACUUUUUUCUUCCUCAGAGCAGAUUCCCUUUAAGAUCCUAUUUCUCAUCCCCUGUCUUGGGCCAAAGAUUUUUAGAGUGAAAAUAGUAGAUUUCUUUACGUGAGAAGAUAAUUCUUCUGACAGUUUUCUCAGAGAUUUUGUUAAGAAAUUGGAUGCUGAGGUAAUGACCAAAGAUAGAAAAUUCCAGCUUGGCUUGUUUAGAAAAACUCAUUUAAACUGGAGAGGUUGUCUUGGAAUACAUAAAUAAGAACUUCUUUGUUACAGCCCUACAACUUUUAAGCCUCAUGUUUCUAGGAAAUACGCUGUGGAAAAAAAAAUCACAGCCUAUAUACAUGUUUUGAUUAUAUAUAUCAGACAUGAUUCUCUUGUAGGCAUUCAGCACCCCUCCCCAUCCCCCUAGAAUCUUCCUAGAGUAAACUUGUACAAUAAGAUCAUUUGAAAUAUACAAUAGAGCAUAUUAACAGCGUUCUAGCCAUACAGCAGUAGUAAGAUAUCUCUGACAUGUAGGAUCAGGCCCUUAUUUUUGUGGGUUGCAAUGAAAACGCAAAGACGUACCUUUCCUGGAAUGAUGAGAAUUGAUUCUUCUGCAGUCUGCCGAAAGGUGAACUUACUGCUAAGAUCAUGAAAACCUCCCGUCUCUUUUUCUCCUUUGUCCACUUGUUAGUUAAGCAAUGUAGUGAGAACCUCAUGCUUUCGCAGAACAGGAAUCCCAAAGGUCUGUUUGGUCGCUACGCUCAGGUAUGCAGAUCCAAUGCAUUUUUGAAGAUUCAUUAUUUAUGUAACGCAUACAUAAUUUAUAUUUUGUAAUUAUAAAAUACAGAUUUUGAGGGGUAGGAUGCAUUUUACCAUAUGAUACAUGUAUUUUAGUUGCAUUCAGAUUGGAAAUCUUUCGUCUUCUUCCCAGGGAGAAGGUUGUUGUGUUCCUGGCAAGGUAAAUUCCCAUAGUUUGUUGCAGUCCACAGUAAAUGUUUUGUGCUAUCUUUUACUUGUGCUUUGUUAUGUCUUGUUAUGAUCUCUCAAGUUAGUUCUCUGUAUCAAGCAAAUACUAUGCUUAGGGAAAGUGUUUUCCUAGCAAUGCAUUUUAGUGACUGCCACAAUUUGGACUAUACAAGAUGAUGAUGGUUGACAAGAUCUGCCAGCUUUUUAGAGGACGUGACCUCAUUCUUUCCCUUUCUCUUACCCCUUCGGCCCAAGGAGGUUUCUCUUUUCCUAGCUGAGAAUUAGGGACUUCUAUCAUUAGUCUGUGCCUUCUGGAUGUCCAGGCUGGAGCAGCUGCUUCUGGUGGCUUCGUGCUGGGAGAUACCAGGCAGGUUGAAUGUGCGGUGCUGCAGGGUAUGUGCAGUAAGUUUCCUACAUUUCAGGAGGGCGCCUGGUGCCUUACAGCUUGCUGGGACACGUGCAGCAGAUGUGGUUGGUGUUGGUGGAAGAGGGACUUUGUCCAAGUGGCUUCAGGAGUGCCACCAGCUGUAGGGCGACCAGCUGCAGGACACGUGUAGUGCUGAGCCUCUGCGGCACUGCAGCUGUGAUGCUGGGCCACGUCACCGUGUGUGUGUGUCUCCUGGAGUGCUGUCAGGGCCACCAUCAUCUCUACCUAACCCCACACCGCCCAGAUUCCACAGCAAACCUCUGUUCCUUCAGCUUUGCAGUAUCUACUACUUGCCUAUUACUGUUUCAGAGAAACCUCAGUUCAGAUGAGUUACUUGGGGCUGUUCUGCUCUAGGCAUUCAUUUUACCUAAGGUCUAGAAAGAAAAGCAAACUGCUAUAUACCCUGCUGAUACCAACAUCAGGGGCACCAAGCGUCAGCUUGUGAGAACUCUUCGUCUGCCACAGCAUUGCGUAUUUUUGAGGAAACAAAAAUAAGUGCUUUUUUUGUUUUGUUUUGUACUUUGAGGUGUCUGAGCCCAGCACCAAGACGUGGUCCUGAGUGCAACCUGGACUGGCAGCAUUCACAGACCCUGCUGGGUGGCAGCGCUGGGCUCAGCCCAGCCGUGGUCUCGCAGCCCUUGCUGGCAGGAGCAGGACCCAGGGCUCUUAUUGCUGUGCUGGGCAGAUGGUGUGGAAAGGAAUGAUUUCAUUGCAACAGGAGGAAGCAAGUCCCUCUGCAGAGGGCCAGCCCUUGCUGUUGAGGGACUUGUCUCCUGUGCUGUGCUGCACAAGGGUGAGAUCCUCUUCAGUGUCUAGAGGUCGUUUACCUGGUACUUGGUUAAGCUUACGUUUUAUUUAUCUGGGUUUCUUCCUUUCUUCCAGGUAAUACACUUUCUUCACCACUCUUAUCCUGGUGAAGGGCAAAAGGGUUUGAUCUUUGUAAGAUUUGUUACAAUAUUUUUGUGUUUAUAAGAAAACUGAUGUAUAAAGAAACAAGCGCUUUUGUAAGAUUUUGGUUGUAUGAUUCAGCAUUUAAACAUCUUACAGAUGCAAUUUUUUGCACUCUUUCCGCAUACAUUCAUAAAAGUAUAUAUUAUAUUUAUUUUCUGUCUUUGAAGUUUACUUUGUUGUUGUUUUUUCUUCUAAUGUUAAAAAAUGCAACAUGUGCGACAUUAAAUAAUAGUGAAAAACA